AGCUUUCUUUCUUUCACUUACAUUAAUAAUGCAGUCCGCAGACAAGUGUCCAGUAGACCACUCACAGUUUAAAAAAGAAGAACCAAAAUGUCCAGUAGACCAUCAACCUAAAGAAGAAUCCAAGUGUCCAGUAGACCAUUCUUCUUAUAAACAUUUUAUCCCUCCUACUCAAGAACCUCAGUCUUGUCCUGUUGACCCUUCUGCUUACAAACACUUUAUGCCAGCCAAAGAAGGCUGUGAUUCUGGUGCUAUUGACAGUAGUAACAAUAUGCCCAAAGUGUCACAACAAUCACCUCAACCUGAUCAAAAAAUGCCAUUGGGUUUAGAACGAGAAAUAUCAACCAUUCCUCGAGCUAACUCAGAAGAUAAGUUAUGGAUCUAUCCUUCUGAGCAAAUGUUCUUUAAUGCCAUGAAGAGAAAGAAUUGGUCUCCUGAUGAAAAAGACAUGGCUGUUGUAGUGCCUAUUCAUAAUGCAGUGAAUGAGAUGGCAUGGCAAAAGAUUCUUGAAUGGGAAAAAAUGCAUCAAACUGAAUGCAAUCAACCCAUGUUGGAAAAGUUUGAAGGUCGACCCAAAGAUAUUACACCCAAAGCUAGAAUUCGAUCUUGGUUUGGUUAUACACUGCCUUUUGAUCGUCAUGAUUGGGUUGUGGAUCGAUGUGGACAGAAAAUCACUUAUGUGAUUGAUUUUUAUAGUGGAAAACAAGAUCCAAAUAAGCCCAUGUCACUCAGUUUUUAUUUGGAUGUACGUCCUGCUGUUUCUCCAGCUGGUUUGUGGGAUAGAUUGAAAAUGUCAUUCAAAAAGGGACAAUUUGUAUAAUAAAUAGUUACUAUUUAACAACAGCAUUCAUCUGCAUCAUUACAACAACAACAACACCAUACACAAAAUGCAGUUAAAAUGCCUGCGCAACAACUACAAUCACAGCAACCAUCUCUUCGAUAGACACCAUAGGGUUGCUGCACAACGACCGGUUGACCCAUUUGCAUCGGUGGAUAGUAACCGCCCGCUUGUGUAGCCAUCACUGGCGUAUAAGGAGAUGGUCCAUAAGGCGUUGAAGUCAUAGGCACCAUUGCUGGUGAAGCAUACAUAGGUGUUGUAGUAUAAGCAGGAUUAGGUGGUAUUGACAUAAGUUGAGAAUAACAAAGAAAAAAAAAAAGAGAAAGACC